CGGCGUCUUCUGGGCUUGCGAGCAGCCGGCGGGUCCUGCGAAAGGCAGAGGAGGCGGAGCUGCGUCUCUCCCGCGCCGGCGCUGCGUCCUCGCCCGGGAUUCAGUUCACUUCGCUUGGCUGCCACGAUGGUCGUCAAGGUCUACAUCGCUUCUUCCUCCGGCUCGACGAAGAUUAAAAAACAGCAGCAAGAUGUACUCUGCUUCUUGGAAGUCAACAAGAUUGAAUUUGAGGAAAAAGACAUCGCAGCCAAUGAAGAAAACCGCAAAUGGAUGCGGGAAAAUGUCCCUGAAGACAGCCGGCCAACUAGUGGGAAUCCGUUGCCCCCUCGACUCUUCAACGACAACCGGUACCUUGGGGAUUAUGAAGCUUUCUUUGAAGCUCGAGAAAAUAAUGCCGUCUAUGCUUUUUUAGGCCUGACGGCUCCACCUGGCUCAAAGGAAGCCGAAGCUCUCGCAAAGCAAGAGGCAUGAUUUCUCCCUCCCCACCUGUCCCUGCCUAAAGCCUUAAAAUAUUCUGCAAAGGGAAACCUCCACAGCUUUUUCUACAACGGCAAAAUUGCCUGUGCUUCAAGCAAAAUAAGAAGUUUUUGUUGUUUUUCUUCAAAUGCCAGUUGCUGUGCACAGCAUAAAUCGGAGCACCAAGACAGAAAUCGCAAACUCGCACUGAGGACAGUGGGGGCGGUCAUCGAUUGGACUGUCAAAAAUCUUUUGAUUUCCCCCCCAGCUUAUAUAAGAUGCAUUUUGGCAGUUACGUAAUUUUUUUGUUAAUGUACACUGUAUCUUGCUAUUAAUAGUACAGAUUUGUAACUACAGACCCAACUGUUUAAAAGGAAGGGGGUGACAGCCAAAAUUUCUAUGAAGCCCCAGUGCCUGAACUGCCUCAAAAGUCAUUGGAAAAAUAUUAUGUUGAUAUCUCUUAAAUUGUGACUGUUUCUGUUUUUAAAAAAGCUGUAGCGUAACAUAGUAAUGAUCAUAAUUGCUUGCUGAAAAUUAGGGUAUUUCUGGGUUUUGUGUGUUGUCAUUUUGUAGUUCAUGGCAACUUUAAAAAAGAGGAAAUGUAACAUUUUCACUGAAUUGACCAGUGUGGGGCAUUUCAUAGGCAGCGUGUCAUCACUUUUUUUUAACUGUCUUUUGUAGAACCUGAAAGCAUCAAUCUGGGCAAAGUCUGACUGCUAUCAUGUUCUUAGUGACCAGGUGGCGAUACAAAAAAGUGUGUGUUUCCCACCCCGAUCCAGCAGCAGUCCUUAUUCCUGAAAGCCCUGAAGUUUUUCAUGUAAGAAUGUGCAAAAGUUCCAUUCCAGUGUACAAUUUUUCUUUGUCUAAACCUUGGAAAGCAUUAUGAAAUUGGAAGUAUAGUCAUUCCAAGUAAUGAAACUUGUAAAAUUUUGCUGCUGUAUAGGAAGAGAGAUUGAGAACAGCAGGCAUGUUCUGAAAAAUUGUCGGGACAGGGUCUGCAGUUCCGCAACGCUGUCUUUCAACCAUUGGUAGCUUAUCUUGUAAAAUAUUGUGAUGCUGACUUCAUUCUGUGCUUCGGAGACUUGUUUCAAAACAUCCAGGCAUUAAAAAGUAACUUCAAAGGCUGCAGUCCUCUUGAAAUAGUGUCUCGUGUCAAUUUGGAGGGCCAGAUAGCAAGAAUGAGGCUGAACCCAAACAGCUGAUCUAGUACCCUGCCAAACUAUCCUUUUGCCUACUAGCAAACACCAUCUUUACUGACCCUCUGCAUGUGAGCUAGAAAGAGUUUCUAAUACAUUACCCAUUAUUUGAUGUUUGCUACCAAUUUGUAAGAUUUUUUUCCUUCUUAAAAAAAUCAGUGUAUUUUGUUUCAGAUCCAUUCCAGUUUGUAGGAUUGUGACCAGAAAAAGCAUUUUUGAGUGUUGGACACACACACACACCCGCCGCCGCCGCCACUAAGUGAUCUGUGAUUGUCUUAGCAGGACUUCUGCUUGUGAGUUUGAGGAAUUCAUUAUCCAUACCGAAGAAGAAGGGGCUCCGCUUUCUGUUUGCAACAGAUUGCUAUGUCAUCUAAACUGGGCCACUGUAGCUACUGCUUGCCCCUCAACCAUAACUUAGCAAACCAGAUCAAAAGAGUAUCAUGUUUUUUUCAAGUUAGUGCCAUCCAUAGCUUAUCCAGUCUUCUCCUACUGCCGUGGAAGAACUCUAGGAAAUGGAGGAAGGAAUCCCUUCAUGGGGUGAGUGAGUGCAUGGUGUUUUGAGCCGUGAAGAAACAUUGUGCGUGAACUGAAACAUACAGGCUAUGACCGUAGCUGUUUAUUUUUGUUGAGAAAAAAGGUCACUGUAAUAGCAAGAAUUGCUGUGGCAUAGAUCAGUGAGACCUGGAUCACACAUGAGGUAUGCACUGUUGAAGACUGCCAAAGAAUGGCACACACCGUCUCUUUGUUUUUUCAUCUUUGCCUGAUGGUAGGAAGCAGUAUCUUUCACCUUUCUUUUUUUCUCCAGGGUAGCAGCACUAAAAAUGGUAGCUGCAUUUUGGACCAGUGUUAAGGGUGAGAUCCAAUUGUUCCUUUGUGUGGACCAAAGCAAGUGUUGUGAUCUGUCUUUGUGUGGUGGAGAGUGCUGUCAAGUCAUAGCUGACUUAUAGUGACCCCCUGGCAGGGUUUUCACGGCAUGAGACUAACAGAGGUGGUUUGCCAUUCCCUGUCUGUCUGCAACUCUGGUCUUCAUUGGAGGUCUCCCAUCCACUUACUGACCAAGGCCGACCCUGCUUAGCUUCUGAGAUCUGACAAGAUCAGGCUCAUUGUGGCUCAUGUCAAAUGGAUGUGCAUUUUAAGUUCCGUACAUGCAUUUGGAAACAAAUAUUUUUGAUUCUCAUACUUCACAUAUUUGAGUCAGCAAUGAAUGCUUGCUGACUCAGGACAAUUUGACAAGGGGCAAGAAAGAAGCAUUAAUCUUACUAAUGUGGCUAUUCUAGAACUUGUGAAUAUAGCAAUUGCAAAAUCCAGCACAGGGAAACGACCUUGCUAAAUUUGGAAUGAAAAACCCUUUUUUUGUAACUGAUGAAUUUUCACUGAGUCACUGACUGUAUUUGUUUCUGUUAUGAAGGACUAAAAUCUUAAAUUAUGUGGGCACUGUCUGGACUUUCCCCCUAGGAGAAUACAACUUCUCCCAAAAAUAUGCAGGAGGCAGAGGAGCAAAUGUUCCCACUGAUAACUAUUCUAGCACAGGUAGCUGACCAUAUCAAAGCAAAGGUGCAACUCUUAGAAAGCAAUUUUGAUAAUGCCCAGAACAGUAAUGUAGAAGGAGUUUGCAGCAAAAAUGUACCAAGAGUUUCCUAGUAAAACCUGGUUCUUGAUUAGUAUCAUUCUGUGGAUCACUCACUAGUGGAAUUCUAGAACUGGGAACAUUAAUGGACCAUGUGCAUUAGCAACUGGCUUUUCCCCAUAACAGCCAGAUCUUCUACCAGAAGAUUGUGUUGUGGUUUUCCUAGGGUUAGCAGGCUCCCUGAUACCGGCAAUUAGCAGGGAAUCACUGAUUCCCUACCAGUGCUGAGUUCUUGUCUGACUGUGCUUGCCAAUAUUGCAAAUGGAGACAAUCCUAAUGGGAAAUGGCACAGGUCAGUUGUUGGGCCACACCUACCUGCAAGGCAGAGAAUGGAUGUUCAAAUCCCUUGCACAUCUGCUUCUUGUAAUUUCUUGUAAUGAAAUCUCGAUUGGCUGUGGCUUCACCCAAGGAUCUCCAUCCACUUCAACCAUCUCUCAUCCCCAGGACCAGUCUAUGUUAUGGAAGAGCAUGCAGUCGCACACGCCCCCACCUGGCAUGGACUGCCACUAUGAGGCGAACUGAGCUGAGGUUUCUUUUACAAGUCUGACUAGACAGACUUUUUACACUUUUAUUUUGGAGAUUUGCCAAACUUAAUUGUAUUCAGAUGUUCCAGAUUUCAAACGCCAAAGACAAUUUGGCUUUUCCGGUUUUUAAAAACCAAGAUAGUCUUGUAAAAGUCUUACAUCUUGUUUCUUUUUAUAGCCUUAAUUUUUGCUGUUAAUGGUUGGUUGAGUUUUGUUGUUUUUUAUUCCCAAUGAUCCUUCUAUAUUCUGAAUUGUCAAAUCAAAUCCCACAUCACAAGAUGUUUGACUUCCCCCAUUUUUACAUAAACAUUUUACUACUAUCUCAGAUUUAUUUCUGACUGUUGCUUUUGGUCUUUCUGUUAAGUUAGUCUUAAUACUCAUAAUCAAACAAAACCACACAAUCCAAAUUUCAAACUUCAGUAAUAAAAGAUGUACAUCUGCCUCUAAUGUCCAUCCUGUUCUUUUAUAUGGGGCAUAAUUAAGAAUAAAAAUUUCUACUUGA